GUUGCCAGAGUGUGGAGUGACUGAACUCUUGGACCCCUGUGCAGGUCGCAAGUGAUCCAGCAGAACCCGGUUGGCUGAGACCAGGAUGGAAGAGUCUGAUGGGGACCUAUCCAUUCAGAGAGGUGCCAUCCUAGCUGAGUUGUACCAUAUUCGGAUCACCACAACGAAUCUGGUUCAGGAGCUGAGAUCCUUGGUGGCUUUAAAUGAUCCCCAGGAAGGAAAACUGAUUCAGUCUCAAGAGACAGCUUUAAACUCAUUGGACAUUUGGAAGGCCUUAUUUGCUGCUGCUGAACCUAAUCCAGAGACUGCAGUUGAGUGACGACUUGAAAAUGGAAGAUAAAGAUGCUGGCGAGCCCUUUAUGGGUAUAAUUGCCAGUGAGGUCGCUGACUAUGAUGGCAUUCAACCCUCAGACACAGUGUCACUCAGUGAUUCAGACCCCGAAGACUUUGGUUUAGCAGAUGAAGCUGAAGUUGAUACAGUAUCUCCAGAGGAAUCUCUGUCUUUGGAUGACGUGGUUUGUGGCUCAGGUGAGAAUCCUGAGUCUUUAAAGAUCAACCUCAAAUCGCCUGUCCAGCCAUUCCACCUAAAAGGCAUGAGCUCUACCUUCUCCAUGCGCAGCCAGAGCAUUUUCGACUGCUUGGAAGGAGCAGCCAAAUUGGCAGCACCCUCAUUGGCUGAAGAUAACAUUAUCGAUGGGAGAUUUAAACGCCCCCUACCCCCAGCCACUCUCCCUAGUAAGAUGGUACCCGAAAGCUUUGGAAGGCAAGGCAAACCACCUCCGACUACUAAAAGCUCUCCAUCAGUCCCCGACUAUGUGACACACCCAGAACGCUGGACCAAGUACAGCCUGGAGGGAGUCUCAGAGUCUAGUGAUAAAACCAACAGGGAGGUAGCUAUGGAGUUCCUAGGGGGCUUGAAGAAGAAAGGGGGGGAACACAGCUCAUCUGCCCAAGAUAGCUAUAUCCCAUAUUUCAACCAGGACCCCUCCAGUUGUGGUGCUGGAAGAAUUGUCUUUAUGAAACCUACAAAGAUGGGCAUAGAUAGUUUGGAAAGGAAAAGAUCAGCAGGGGAUGAUGAUAAAUCCUUUAACACAAAGCAGAGCUUGAAAAGGAAAUCUCCCAAGAUGGCUGGUGAUCUGAAGGUAGAGGAUAAUGUUGAGCUGGGGCAUUUAGGCUCUGGAGAGAAAAAGGCAGAGGAGGGAUGCUUGAACUUGAAGGACCUGUGCAAAAAAGGAGAUCCUGGCACUGGCUCUGGUCACACAGGAGAAGAGGCUGUGGGGGGAACGGUAGGAUUCCACAGUAGUAAGAAAAGGAAUAGGAAGGUUUUCCGACCUAAAGUAGAACAUGAAGAGGAGGACUGAGUGUCCUGAGAAGGAAAACAAAGAAUACCCAUAUAAAGAGUUUAGUGUUGUUCUAGGAGACCACUUUCUGAAAAUUUGUUUUUUUUCUUUCUCAGCCCAGCUUUUAUCAGAACAGGAAAUAGUAAGCUUUUAUCUAGCAUCUGUUCCGUGGUUUCCAAGUAUUUGGGAGUUUUUCAGAAAUGAAACUACAAAAAAAACCAUUCCUGGAUUGGCUCUGGCACAUUCUAGGCAGCAUCUGGUGGGGAAGUAAUAGAGUGCUUUGUGUUUGUGAGGAAACCGUCUUGGCUGUCCCUGGUGCAAUGACAAGAUCUUGACCACAAGGACAAGCCAUCUUAACGUAAGGGUCCAAGUGUGAAAACAAGAAACUCCUGUUUUCCCUUCCUACCAAAAAUAUGUAGAAAUAGCUUACCAAUGCUGUAGAUUAAAAAGGAACUCACAAUGUGGAGUUACAAAGAACUCGAGAAACCUUAAGGCCUCACUGAACUGAGCUGACACCGUGACCUGCCUCCAGAGAGGGACAACUUGUAUGUCCUUUAGACUGGGGCAUGGGCUCAAUCAUACCUCGUACAGUGCCACUAAAAAUAAAAGCACAAUAAGUAACCAACCAUGGGCUGUGCAAACUAAACAUUGUUACAGUGGUCUGAGUAUUAUUUUCUUUGUAAUGUAUUUUAUUGGAUGCAUAUUGUUUUAUCAAAGAAAUAUAAGGUGUGUUAAGCAUCCCUAGAAAUAUUCUAGUGAAGAUAUCCCUGAGGAGUGGCCUCAACUGACUUCUAGCAUGCUUAAGAGUACAAGUACAAUGUAUGACAGUCUUCUGAUGGGUCAGGCAGCCAGCAGCUCUGGCUGUGGAUGUGACGUGAUGUGCUGAUGUCUCAGCUAUAGGUAUGAAACUGUUCUGUGAGGUACAGUGUUUCCAUUUGGACUUGAAGCAGACUCCCUGGAAAAGGGAAGCCUUGUAUUAGAGCGAGAUCAGUAAGAGAUCCUUUUUGUAUUUUGAAUGUCAUUAAAAACAUUUAGUCAUA